GGCCACAGCGGUCAUGAACAUGGCAGUCGUGAACAUGUCCGGUGAGAACUGGUUCCAGCAGAUGGAGCAUUCUGGGAACUCCACCAAUGGCUACUACUACGACCAGCAGAACUACACCCUGCACCCGUCGCUGCAGCCGGGCCCGCCGAUCGACUCCAAGCCAAUGGCCUGCGAGCAGGUGCACAUCGCCACAGAGAUAUUCCUCAUCCUGGGGAUCAUCUCCCUGCUCGAGAACAUCCUGGUCAUCACAGCUAUCGUGAAGAACAAGAACCUCCACUCGCCCAUGUACUUCUUCGUCUGCAGUCUGGCGGUGGCCGACAUGCUGGUGAGCGUGUCGAACGCGUGGGAAACCAUUGUGAUCUACCUGCUGAACAAUCGGCAGCUUGUGGUGGAGGACAGCUUCAUCCGCCAGAUGGACAACGUGUUUGACUCCCUGAUCUGCAUCUCUGUGGUGGCGUCUAUGUGUAGCCUGCUGGCCAUCGCUGUGGACCGGUACGUGACCAUCUUCUACGCGCUCCGGUACCACAACAUCGUCACGGUGAGGCGUGCCGGCUUCAUCAUCGCCGGCAUCUGGACCUUCUGCACGGGCUGCGGCAUUGUCUUCAUCAUCUACUCGGACACCACCCCCGUCAUCAUCUGCCUGGUGUCCAUGUUCUUCGCCAUGCUGCUGCUCAUGGCAUCGCUCUACAGCCACAUGUUCAUGCUGGCGCGCUCUCACGUCAAGCGCAUCGCCGCCCUACCGGGCUACAACUCCAUCCACCAGCGGGCCAGCAUGAAGGGGGCCAUCACGCUCACCAUCCUUCUGGGCAUCUUCAUCGUGUGCUGGGCGCCGUUCUUCCUGCACCUCAUCCUCAUGAUCUCCUGCCCCCGCAACCUAUACUGCGUGUGCUUCAUGUCCCACUUCAACAUGUAUCUCAUCCUCAUCAUGUGCAACUCCGUGAUCGACCCGCUCAUCUAUGCCUUCCGCAGCCAGGAAAUGAGAAAGACCUUCAAGGAGAUCAUCUGCUGUUACAGCCUCCGCAACGCCUGCGCCAACAUCUGGGCACUCACGGGCAAAUACUGAGCGAGCCACAACGCGUGGUGUGUGUG